UAGAACAUAACUGGAAGAAUAUGACAGAUUUUAUACUGGCUAGCUUACGCCUGUUUAUCCCAGGUACAGAUUAACUGACUCAGUUUUACUAGACUUAACAAAAUGUCGGCUUACGGAUUUGUUCUGUUAUAUCUGUUAGCACCGACACUUUUGCAACCACCUGCUGUCAUUGGGCUACAGCAUCAACAACAACUCCAUCUUAGCAAAGGGUCCUUUGUCAGCAUUGCAGAGUCUCCAGAAUGUAGAAGGGACGUUAAGAAAUUGUGUGCAUCCAGCAUUGCGCAAAACAAUUUAGGCCUGAUUGAAUGUCUUCAAAAUGAAGUAAAGCCCAAUGAGGUCACUUUGGAAUGUCAGCAUUUUCUGUGGCAGUACAAGCGGAACUUGACCGCAGACAUCAGGUUUGAGUCGGCCUCCUGGGAAGUGUGUAAACAUGACCUUGAAAUGCUGGAAGAAUGUCGGGAAUUGGAACCUGGAGAAGGGCAGAUAAUUCCGUGCUUAAUGGAAAAUCAGCACAAUAUUUCUGGGCAACAUUGCAGACAGUUUUUAGUGAAGAUGGAGAGUAUCGUGUUCAGUGAUUAUCGCUUGUUGAAACCAUUGCUGGACAGCUGUCACACUGAUAUUGUUGCUACAAAAUGUGGCCGGUUUGGAUCUCCCUUGCAAGCUGAGCAGGAAGCUCAAUUACGCUCGCAUGGGGCUGUGAUAGGCUGUCUGGAAGACAACAUCAAGUAUCUGAACGGCAGCUGUCGCUUCCAGAUGAUGCGAAUCGCAGAGCUUCAGGCAGACGAUUAUCAUCUUGACCGGCCGCUAUUUUAUGCGUGUCGUGAUGAUAGAGAGCGAUUGUGUCCAGAGACACCUAGUGGUGGGGGACGAAUCUACCAGUGUCUGUUCAGACACAAGUUUGAGCGAGACAUGUCUGAGGAGUGUCGGCAGCGAUUAAUCAUACGACAGAGACUGAUUGGCGAAAACUACAAAGCAGACAAGACGUUAUCUGAUGCCUGUGACGAGGAUAUCAAGCAGUACAAGUGUUUAGGAGGAGGUCCUAACCUGAUGUUUGCCAAGCGUGCUGCCAUUUUAUUGUGUCUGGAAGGAGUCCAGAAAACAGGUGGACAUGUCGCUGGUAAGUGUGUAGCAGAGAUGACCGAGUGGCGAAAAAGUUUGAUGUCUGAUUACCAGAUCAGCCUGGAAAUUGUUGUGGAUUGUCAAAACGAGAUCGGAACCCUCUGUGAUGGCCUAGGGGCGGGAGGUAAAACUCUUCACUGCCUGAUGAGCAAGGCACGGCGAAAACCAGGCGAGAGACAUGACCAUGUACUCGGAGAGAUUUGUAUGAGAGCAAUCGAGGAUUUGUUAAAGGAGGCUGACGUUGGAGAGGAUUUUCGCAUCGACCAAUCCCUGGUAGAGGCUUGUAGUGAUUCUGUGAUCAAAUACUGUGGGGACAUACCAGCAGGGGAUGCUAGAGUAAUGGGUUGUCUGAUGGAGAAACUGGAGAAAGACAUUCUGGACAAUGAUGAUGAGUGUGCUGAACAUUUGCUGGAAAUACAGUAUUUUGUGGCCAGAGACUUCAAACUGGAUCACCGUGUGUACAAGCACUGUCACAAAGAUGCUGCACGACUGUGUGGAGCACAAGACAAAUGGGUUGUUCAGGGAUCUACGGAUUUGGACCCGGGCCCUCUUGUCCUACCUUGUCUGUACAGACAUAUCGUACACCACGAUAAGGUGGAGCGCAGCUGUCGUAACGAGGUGAAACGUGUGAUGAGGACGAGAGCCAUGAGCAUCAACUUGAUGCCAGAGAUAGAAGAACAGUGUAUACAGGAUCUAGGUCAAUUCUGUUCUGAGGGAACUGGCCAGGGAGAGGAGCUGCGCUGUCUACAGGACAGGUAUGAUGAAUUGACCGGGGACUGUCAGGAGGCCGUCAGUAACUUCACAGAGGCAGAAGACGCUGACAUUAACCUGGACGUUAUCCUGAUGAGGGCAUGUAUGCCCAUGAUUAAAAUCUUCUGUCAGGAUAUGUUGGAUGAGGAAGAUGAGGAGGACAUCAUGGAGUGUCUUAUUGAGAACAAAAACCAUGCUGAAAUGAAUGGCAAAUGUGCUGCUGGGAUAGAACACCAUCAACUUACAUCAUUGAAAGAUUUUCGAUUCAACCACAAGUUCAAGGAGAACUGUAAAACGUCAGUGCUGACUUACUGUAAAGAUAAAAAGACCAAAUAUAAUGUUGUGUCGUGCCUGAGCGAAAUCGUGCGAAAUGAUACAUUGUUUGAGGAAAAGCAUCGGAUAACAAAACCAUGUCGCAGACAGCUGAGGUUUGAACUUCUGCAGAGGUCUGAAAAUAUUGAACUUGAUCCUGACCUGAAGAAGGUUUGUCAGAGAGAUAAGGAAGAAUUCUGUGACCAUAUUGAGCCUGGUAGAGCCAAGGUGAUUGAGUGUCUAAAGAAGCACCAGAAGAAAUUAACAAAACCCUGCAAAAAAUUGUUGUUUGUGAGAGAGGAGGUGGAGGUAAAAGAAGGAGCAGAUUAUGCUCUGAUGAAUAACUGCAAAAAAAUGAUAAAGGUUUACUGCCCCCAUUCGGAGCCUCAUCAGAUUCUGCACUGUCUGAAGCAACAUCAGACAGAAGACGACUUUGACCAGAUAUGUCAUCGAACUGUCAUAGAGCGACAAAUCAUGCAAAACAAAGAUUAUCGACUCAACCCACAACUUCAGGAAGCCUGCACUCAGGAUGUACCAAAGUUUUGUCGAAGUGCUCUGGCCAAAACACCAAGUGAUUUGAUGCGAGGGAAAGUGAUAGCCUGUCUUAAAAAACAGUUUAAGAUUAAUAGAUUAUCGCAAAGGUGUGAGAAGUACAUAAGGGAGGUAAUCCAUGAUGCAGCUCUGGACUAUAGACAAGAUCCUGUGCUGGCUAACGCCUGUAAAGAUACGAUAAAGGAGCAGUGUGCUGACGCCUUGGUACAGCAACCUGAUAACAAGGUAAACGAAGCUGUUCCUGAUGAGAAAGGUGCUGUGGAGGAGUGCCUGAAGAAACUGUUCAAACAGAAGAAGAUUAAGGAGGACGUCUGUGCUGUGGAGGUGUCCCGAAUAAUCGCAGAGGGACAAAUAGAUGUACAUGUAGAUCCACUGUUACACUCGGCUUGCGUCGUCGAUAUCCGACGCCAUUGUUCUGACGUCCAACCAGGACAGGGGCAAGUUAUGUCAUGUCUGUUGUCGUUGUUGGAGGACAACGUGAGGAUGACACCAGCCUGUAGAGAAAAAUUACAACAGAGGAAAGAAAUGUGGAAAUUAGUAGCAAAGGUUGCUUCACCAGAAUCUUUUAAGGAAAUCAUGGAAGGAAAUUCCACUUCAUCUGCAAUAAUUUACUACACCUGGUGUGUUUUCAUGACCAUGGUUGUUGUUGGUGUUAUGUUAUGUUUUCUGUGGAAGGCGAAACGGAGAGUCUACUCUCUGCUGUAGUGUGGUAGGUGGAUUAUGGGAUUUCGUGAGUUGGCUGAUUGAGGGGCCGGCCGUAAAGCACUAACU